AAUUUCCUGACAUGGGAUGGUCGUUCAUUUCUAGCAGGGAGACAGUGAAAAUUCACCUCUAGAAAUUUUUCAACCUUAACUGUGCUGGUUUAUUCCAGCCAAAGUUAGAGAGACAGAAUUGGCCUCACUGCUGAGGAGAUAAUUUGCUAAAGGAAAGGUGCAAUGAACUGCUAAGCAGCUAUAGUAAACAUGACUUCAUUAACUAUUAAUCCAUGGUGUGUUUCUUAACCAGUUGGAUGUUCCAGACAAUUCUCCUGGAGAUGCAUUGCUGCCCAUCAACAUCAGAAGGACGGUAGAUAGAAGAAAUAAAACCAGGAAAAUUGGCUUAAAAAAAAAAGAACAGGAAACCCAAGCACCCUAAAUCUUGCCUUUCAUUUUAAUACACAGCAAGCAUGUGGUUCUAUCUGGCAUUGGCAGUUCUGCUGUACUUUGUGAUACGAUACUAUCGGGAAAGACAGGAAGUGGAGAACCUGACAGAGAAAUACAUCUUCAUCACGGGCUGCGAUUCUGGUUUUGGGAACCAGCUGGCCAGGCAGCUGGACACCCAGGGUCUGCGGGUGCUGGCCGCUUGCCUCACCCAGAAGGGAGCACAGCAACUGGAGAAACUCACAUCUGAUCGUUUGAAAACCACCCUGCUGGAUGUCACCAGCAGCGAGAGCAUUGAGGCAGCAACCGAGUGGGUGAAAGAAUGUGUGGGGAAUAAAGGACUCUGGGGCUUGGUAAAUAAUGCUGGAAUUGUGCACCCGGGAUCCCCCAAUGAAUGGUUGACCAAAGACGAUUAUGUGAAAGUGCUGAACGUCAAUCUAAUUGGGCUGAUCGAUGUGACACUGCAUAUGUUGCCCUUGGUGAAGAAGGCCAGGGGAAGAGUGGUCAACAUGUCCAGCAUCAUGGGUCGACUGAGUACCCUUGGAGGUGGCUACUGUCUCUCAAAGUAUGGAGUGGAGGCUUUCUCUGACAGCCUCAGGCGUGAGAUCCACCCAUUUGGAGUGAAAGUAGCCAUCAUCGAGCCAGGCUACUUCCGCACGUCCAUGACUGAUAUCCAAAACAACCUUGAGAGUGUGGAACAGCAAUGGAUCAAAGCCCCAGAAGAAGUCAGAGAAAGCUACGGCCAGCCUUAUUUUGACAAGUUUUACAAGAAGUUCAAAGACACUCUUGCAACACAUUGCUGCCCAGACCUCUACAUGGUGACAGACUGCAUGGCGCAUGCUUUGAUAUCCAGGCACCCCCGUACACGCUAUUCUGCCGGCUGGGAUUCCCAGUUCAUCUUCAUUCCUAUCUCUUACUUGCCCACUUCCAUGAUAGAUUUUUUGCUGACUCGAUCUUGGCCUAAACCUGCCCAGGCUUUGUAAAAGGAGUGAGAGGAAAGAGGUCUAUGAAUAGAAGUUCCAGCUGCCAUGUUUUGUCAACACACACGCAGUGUGCCAAUGCCAGGCUUUGCCCAUUGUAAGAGUGCUUCCAGAGCAAGGGGACUUAGCUCUUCCAAUCCAGUGACACUGAGGUCUGUCACAUCUUCCUAUUGACCAAUCAUUCACAAGACCGGUCUUCACCAUUUGCAGAUCCCCAGUGCUUUAAACAUAGCGGCAUCCAUAGACAUGUGUGUCUGGUCUGGAGCCUGCUGAGAAUAUCUUCAGGCAACUGUAGCUCUCACUUUCUCCAUCCAAACUAGCCAAGGUCAGAGAAUGCCAGCUAAUCAAUGUUUGAAGUUUGUCUUCUAAUAUUCAGUCCCUGAGAUCCUGCCCCUGAGCUUCCAGUGGUCCAUGAAUUAACAAAUAUCCCUUUCUCCUUCCUUCACAAAAAAGAGAAACAGGUAAAAUUUCUGGCAUCUUUCCUUACACACAAAUGCUGUCCAUGUAUUUCUGCAUGUACAUUUAUAUGGUUUGCAGAACAUACGUUCUAAUAGCCUGAUAUGAGAGUGGCUGCAAGGCAAGACUGAUUGUUAAAAGUGCUAAUAAACAACACUGAAAAGUA